CUUCCAGCAAUGUUGCAGCAAUGUUUCGCAAUCAAAAUGCAAUAUUACAAUGUUUCAAUAAAAUCAUUCUGCAAUGUUCUUGCAAUCUCUCUGUGCUGUAUGGAACGUAGCUUAACAAAUUGCUCGUUGUUUAUAGCUUUAGUUAAGAUGUCAGCUAUUUUUUCUUUAGUGUUUAUGUACUCUACUUGUAUAAUACUUUUCAUGUAAUAACCUCUAACAAAUUUAUAUUUUAUAUUCACAUGCUUGAGUCGUUUAUGCUCCCAUCUAUGAAGCAAAUGUAUUAUAGAUUGAUUGUCUUCAAAAACUUUUAGAGGUUCAUUCAAUUCUAUUCCAAAGUCCAGCAUUAAAUUUUUCAUCCUGAUUAGAUUGGCUACGGCAGACGCUAGCGCUACAUACUCUGCUUCCGUUGAAGAUUGCGCCAUAGUAGAUUGUCUCCUUAUACUCCAAAGAUCAGGAUUUCCGUAUACUUGGAUGAGGUAUCCCGAGGUUGAUUUCCCUUCGACUAAUCUGCAUCCGUGUAACAUUGUAUGGACUCCUUAAUUCCCUUUCGGAAACACAACUGCAUUUUUAAAGUACCUUUAAUAUAUCUCAAUAUUCGUUUCAUUCCAGAGUUUUUCUGUCUGUCAAGUCUAAUGCCAACUGAAAUAGUUGACUGCGACGCUUAAAUCCGGUCUUGUAAGCAUUACAUACAUCAGGUAUCCAACUAGUUUGCUAAACGGCUUUGAUGUAUCUAAGAUUUCUCCGUCUUCAUGCAUAUUUGGUUUAAGUUCCAUCGGAGUUUUAACCGGCCGACAUUCUUCCAUGCUAAACCGAUUCAACAGUUUCUGGAGAUAAACCGGUUUACUGUCUUAUUUCAUCCUUACUUCUUUGGAUAUUUAUUCCCAAAAAAUUAUGCAGCUUGCCAAGGUUUUUCAUUUGAAAUUGAGUUAUCAAUCUUUUUUUCACUUUAAGUACUUUUUCAUAGUCGUCUUCAGCGACGAUGAUAUCAUCUACAUAAAACAGAAGAUACAUAUUUUUUCUUUCCGAGUAUCUCACGUACAAGCAUUUAUCGACUCCUGAUGAUAGAAAUUGUAAGUUUCUUAUACCGUCGAAAGUCUCAUUCCAAGCUGUAGAAGCUUGUUUCAAACCGUAAAGCUAACCUUCGUUAGCUUGCAGACCUUGUUUUGUUGACUACUGAAACCUGAUGGUAGUUUCAUAUAAAUCUCCUCCUUAAUUUGGCCAUGUAGAAACGUGUUCUUGACGUCUAAUUGAUAAGCAUAUAGGUUUCUUUCGUUAAUAACAGCUAACAAAGUCCUCAAUGUUGUAAGUCUGGCAACUGGUGCAUAGGUCUCUUCAUAAUCGAAUCCUUGCUUCUGUUCGUUGCCUUUGAUUACCAAACUUACCUUGUAUCGUUCAAUUUGUCCUUUGUUGUCACGUUUGACUUUAAAAAUCCAUUUACUUCUAACUGAUCGUUUUCCUGGCGGCAAAUCAACCACCUUUCAUGUACCGUUUUCUUCCAGUCUAUUAAUUUCUUCCUGAAUUGCGCACAACCAGUCCUUUUCAUUCUUUCUGCCUUGAAUUUCUUGAUACGAAUUUGACACAUUUUCUACACAUGAUUUUGCAUGUAAUGUCAGAACUGCAUAAUCACUGAGAUAUUUCGGCUUUUUUCUUUCUCUCUCCGAUUGACGUAGCAUGUUCUCCUUGACGUUACUAUUCUGAUCAACAUUUCUAUUUUUAGAGUCAUUUGUAACAGUGACAGUUCUAUCCGAUUUAGCUAUUUUAUUUGUUUCAGUCUUGUUUGUAUUUGUUCCUAAGCUGUUAGGUAAAUCAUCAGAGUCCGGAAUCCAGUCUUCGCUUGUCAGGUUAUCGAGGCUAAAUUUUGCUUUAUAAAAGAUAAUGUCUUUGCCACAGAGAAUUUUUUUUUCUUCCGGACACUAGAGUCUGUAUCCGUUAGGACAAUAUCCAACAAAUUAACACUUCUUUGACUCAAACUUUUCACCUAUUAGUGCCUUUGGUAUAUGCAGAUAGGCAAUACAUCCAAAUAUUCUUAGUUUACCAAUCUUUACUGUUUCAUUAAACCACUUAUGAGCUGGUACGUCUCCACUUAGAGCUAAUGUAGGACUUCUGUUGACGAGAUACACGGCUGUUUGAAUAGUUUCAGACCAAAACUUUUUUCCAAGAUUACAGUCUAGCAUCAUGCACUUUGCUCGUUCAACGAGCAAAGGUUUUAUUCAUGCGUUUCGCCACUCCGUUUUGUUCGGGUGUGUACCUGAUUGUGAAUUCGAAUUGUAUGCCUUUUUUUUCAAAAUACUCUUUGAUUUCAUUGGAUAUGUAUUCGCGUCCGUUACCACACUUAAAGUGACUUACCUUUAGAUUAAAAUACGCUGUAGCCAUUGCUUCGUAUUUUUUAAAACAAUUUAGCACUUCAGUUUUUGAUUUAAUGGGAUAGGCUGCCGUAAAAUGCGUGUAGUCGUCAAUAAAUGUUACUACACACUUUUUAUUGUCAUAGGAUAUCGGACUUAUAGGGCCAAACAGAUCACUGUGUAUCUGUUUAAGUGGUCGUUUAGUUUAUAUUCGUUGUUGAUUAUGUAGAAGUUUCGUUCGUUUAUCUUUGAUACAUGUUUGGCAUUUAUCUUCUGAGCCAUGAAACAGGUUCAUGUUGUGUUCCUUAACUUGACUAAGAAUUUUUUUGACGUUUUCAUAGCCUAAGUGUCCAAAUCUCUUAUGCUAGAUUUCCAAAUCCGCUACAGUGGAAAGUGCUUUAACUCCUGUAUGUUUGAAGUUUAGUUCAUAUAAUUGCGAACCAGUUCUGGUUGCUACAGCUACUGUCUUAUUUACUUUCAUAAUCGUUUUUUUUCCACCUGCAAACAGCACUUUGAAACCAUUUAUUUCUAGCUUACGUACCGAAAAGAGAUUAUAGUUCAAUUUCUACACUGACAGUACUUCUGUAAUCUUUACAGGAAUUUUAUUUUUGAUUACAGUGCUAACAACAUCGAGUUCUCCAAUUUGAUUUGCUUACAAGUAACUUCCGGAUUUUGCAACAUCUAUUGUAAUAGGUUUUUCUAAUUUUGAAAUAUUCAGUAAUGGGAUAUUAGUGCUUACAAGAUGUUCCGUCGCCCCGGAGUCCAGAAAUCAGCUAGUUAAAAUUUUCGACUUGUAUUUUGUGCGAAACUGCACGUUUUUUUUGGUUGUUCGAUGCAAUUUGCGUUGUACUCUUUUUGUUGACUUUAUUCUUUUGAAGUUUCUUCCGACAGUUUGCUCUCUUAUGUCCAGGCAAUCCGCAGUUGUGAUAACUGUAUUGAAACUUAAAAUUAUUAUACUUAACAAUCUUCUUUUCCAUGUCUCUGCUUGUUCCACUGCUUGUUAAAAAAAAUACUAUCAAUAACGCGUUGCUAUUCUUGUUUCUUUUGCAAACUAACUUGUUUCGUUUAGAUUACUUAUCUAACAAUCUUGUUUUGACAAAGCUUAUUGUCAGCAAAUCUUUAGACACAAUUUCCAGUAACCACUGUAUUAUAUUCGGUUGGCAUCGUAAGUAAAAGGUGACACACAACAUCCGGUUCUUCAAGAGUAGCGCCUGUGGAUUUGAGUUCACGAAUCAAUUUAUCAAAUUUCAAGAAGUGGUUCGCCAAGGUUCACUUCACCACGCGUAUCCUGGGCCCAUAACCUGUUGGAAUUGGGUGUUUGGAUAGAUACAAAGACGAGAUGUUUUAAUAAUAUCAAAAUUGCAAGUUUAAUAAAAGAGAAUUGAUUAUUGGCAACAUAAAUGUGGAAACAUAAAUACGCCGCAAAAGACUCAAAGACAUUUGUGAAGAAUUGCGGUACAUCUGCACUAUCUUCGUCAUAACUUAAAAAAAAUGGAAGAAAGAAUUUCAUUCUACAUGUCUUGUAUAUCAUCACGUGAGUCUGGGAUCUUCUCGCCUUCUGCAUUUCUCUCAGAUUUUGAAAAGGUCACGUCGUGAAUCGUUAAUUAUUACUCCGAUGAGCGAGUGCUUUCUAUCGAUUGCAUCGAAAAGUGCCGUGAAGAAUCAACAAGGCAAAAAUGAAGUCCUUAAAGAACAAUGGCUAUCUAACUUCCACCAUCGUCACCGAACAAUCAGCUGAUUUAUCAAGAUCAACUAAUCAAGAUGGUAUUCCUACUACAAACUCUGUUCAAGUAACUUAUGGUCAAAGUGGCGUAACUACAACAUCCAUUCUUCAACAUCCGAUCAAUCCACAGAAACCGAUCGGCGUGUCACGAUCUACCUCAAUCACACGAAGACGAAGAGGAACAAGCAGACAACGUUUAAUUGGUGUAUUAGUCAUCACUUUGCUGGUUACUUGCCUGUUUAUACUUCUGCUAUUGGUAUUGAACACUUCUUGCAAAUGUGCACGGGAGUCUCAUCCAAACAUUUGUGUGACAGAAGAAUGCGUCCAAACAGCAGCAAGUUUAUUAGCAGCAAUGGAUCGUACGGCAGCACCCUGCGUUGACUUCUUUCAAUACGCUUGCGGCACGUGGAAUCGAUUGCAUGUGAUACCAGAAGACCGAAGUGCCAUCAGUACCUUUGAGAUAUUAGCUGAUCAGCUGCAGGUGAUCUUGAAACGCGUUCUCGAAGACCCACCAAAUGCAUACGACAAUAAUGCCACUCUCAAAGCGAAGAAGUUCUACAAGUCAUGUAUGGAUAUCGCUCGCAUACGAGAAAUCGGAGAUGUUCCUGUAAAGAAAAUCUUGGAACAUCUUGGUGGCUGGCCAGCGGUCGUGGGUACAUCUUGGAAGCCACCGCCUUAUCCAUUGGAGGUUCUAUUAGGUCGUCUGCGUGGCGAUUACAACGUGGGCGUCUUGUUGGAGCAAUGGGUCGGACCAGAUGAUAAAAACUCCUCAACUAACAUUCUCCAGUUGGAUCAGAUGCAGUUGGCAUUGCCUAGCAGAGAUUAUUACUUAAAGAAGAUCAGUGAAAUCCAACUGAAGGCUUACCAUAAUUAUAUGACGAAUGUUGCUAUUUUGUUGGGAGCAAAUCCUCAUUCAGCGCCUGAAGAGUUCGAUCGAGUGAUUGUUUUAGAAAAACAGCUUGCUAAUGCUUCUUCACCAGAAGCAGACAGACAAGAUACCUCGAUGAUGUAUCGAAAAUUAACUUUGCAAGAUUUACAACGAGAAGUUCCGCAGCUACAAUGGCUUGUUUAUCUACGAGAAUUUAUUAAUACGCCAAUUGAUGAAAAAGAACCAGUUGUUAUAUACGCAAUGCCAUACUUUGUGCAAAUGGGCCACAUUAUCGCAAAAACAGAUCAAAGGACUUUACAUAAUUAUAUUUUGUGGCGAUUUGUUAUGUCGAUGAUGCCUCAUAUGAUCGACGAAUAUCAACAGAAACGAAUUGAAUUUCGCAAGAUUCUUAUGGGCAUCCUUAGUGAAAGGAAUAGAUGGUCACAAUGCGUUGAAUGGACUAACAAGAAGCUUGGGAUGGCAGUAGGAGCACUUUUUAUACGCGAAAACUUUAAUCACGAAAGUAAGGAGACUGCUCUAGAAAUGAUUCGGACAAUUCGUGAAGCUUUUAAUGAGCUGCUAGUCGAAAAUCAUUGGAUGGAUAAUGAGACUCGCGCAGUCGCAAAAAAAAAGGCUGAUUCCAUGAAUGAACGAAUUGGAUAUCCUGAAUUUUUAAAAAAUCCACUUGAGCUAUCUGAAGAAUAUAAGAUGUUAAAUAUAACAGAAAACCGCUUUUUGGAGAAUAUUUUUGCUGUGCUAAAAUACGAAGCUUAUUAUAAUUUACAAAAGUUACGAGAACCAGUUGACAAGAACAAGUGGUCGACAGAACCGGCCGUAGUGAAUGCUUUCUACAAUCCCAACAGAAAUGAUAUCGUAUUUCCUGCGGGUAUUCUACAACCGCUUUUUUACUCUCAGCACUUUCCCAAAUCAUUAAAUUAUGGCGGCAUUGGUGUAGUAAUUGGUCAUGAAAUUACCCAUGGUUUCGACGAUAAGGGUCGCCAGUUUGACAAAGACGGUAAUCUGAUGCAAUGGUGGAACAAUGCCACUAUUAAGGCAUUUCGUGAAAGAGCACAAUGCAUCGUAGACCAGUAUUCUAGAUAUAAAUUGCAAGAAGUGAAUUUGUACAUCAAUGGUAGGAUGACUCAAGGAGAGAAUAUUGCCGACAAUGGUGGUCUAAAGCAAGCUUUCAGGGCUUACAAGAAAUGGAUUUCCAUUCACGGAGAAGAAUCACUGUUACCCGGAGUAAAUCUCACACAUGAUCAGUUAUUUUUUCUCAACUAUGCACAGAUUUGGUGCGGUUCUAUGAGACCAGAGGAAGCUCUUAAUAAAAUUCAUAGCAGUGUGCAUUCACCUGGGUCAAUACGGGUACUGGGCCCUUUAUCGAACAGCAAAGAUUUUGCUAAAGCUUUCAAUUGCCCAUUAGGCUCACCGAUGAAUCCUAAGAAAAAAUGCAGCGUUUGGUAGCUCGCUUCGAUGAUAUAUAAAAUAUAUCACUUCGAUAUACAAUAAAUCAAAACUGUAAAUUAGAAAAAGCGGGUUGCAGAAGAUAAAAAUCGAUUUACUCCAGAUCUGAAAACUUGUAUUCUUUGAUUGCUCAUUUAGCAAAGUUGAACAACGUCAAAUGUUCAAUUAUUAUGUUAUGUGUGUGAGUGUGUGUGUACGCGCGCGCGUGCGCGUGUGCGUGUGUGUAUGUAUAUACACAUACGAGAGCUAUUUUUUAUUUAAUCUUUGAUGACGUUGUACAAAAUUCCUAGUCACAAUACAAAACCUGUUUUUACGCAAUUAAAUUGAUAGCACUGUUACCUGUUUCCCCACCAUUAGUCGGAAUUCCAUUAUUAGUGAGAGUGAAGCAACGAGAGUGUAAACAUAUCGGGUGAGGUCCAGUUGCGCACAAACCCGAUCGGACAUCACCAAUCAUUUUGACUUAUCUAACGUUACAGGGGGAAAAGAGGAAAAAGGAAGAAAGAAAAAGAAAUAAAAGGGGUGAAAGCAAAAGAGAAAAAGAUAGAGGGGUUAAGAAAAAAAGAUAGAAGAGAUAGUGAGAGUGACGGGGACGACAGCGAGAGUGGAAGGAAUAAGGAGUAUAGAGAAGAAAGAUAAGGAGGGAAGGGAAAUGGUAAGGUUAGCGAGUGUAGGGAAGAAAAAUGAAGUAAUAAAAGGAAAAGUGAAGCUGAGGAAAAGAAGGGAGUAGAUAGUAGAUAAUUUGACAAAAAAAGAGAAAAGGAUAGAGUGGUAGAUAAAGAAGGAAGCGGAAAGGAAAAAGAGAGAAAGUGGGAAAGUAAGAGUAAGAUAUAUGAAAAUAUGGAAUGAAGAGAAAUUAUGGGUGUGGGAUAAGAUUAAGGAUGAGUUAAGGGAAUGGCAGGAACAAGAAGUAAGAGAAUAAAAGAGGAGGAUAGAGGAGGGUAGAGAGGUGGAAAAAAGGGGUUUUUUAAAAGGGUGGCGGAAGGAGGGAGAAGGAGAGAAGGAAGAAAAAGAAAAUAUAUAAAAUGAGAAGCAUAGGGAAAAGAGGAGGAAUAAGAAAAAAGAAGAUGGUAAAAAAGUAUAAGAUAGGUUUUUGGAAUGUGGCAGGCAUGGAAAACAAAGAGGAGGAUUUCAGGGAGAGACUAAAAGAAUGGGAUGUUAUGUUUCUGAGUGAGACUUUGUUACAGAAGAAGGAAUGGGCAAGAGUUCAAAAAUGACUGCCAAAGAGAUAGGUGUGGGAAGUGCAAAAAGUGGCAAGGAAGAGUAAGAAAAGGAGGGCAAUGGGAGGAAUGAUUAUGGAAAUAAAGGAAGGAAUAGCGAGAGAAAAGGAUGAUAAAGAAAGAAAGGAAAAGAGAUUACAAGCAGUAAAAGUAAAUUUAGGGGGAGAGUGGUGGAGGCUAGUGGGAGUAUGUGACUAGAGAUUUAGAGGAAAAAAUGGAGCAGCUGAGAGAGUGGAUGGAGAAUAGACAGGAAAGGUUGAGGUUGUUAAUAGGGGUGGUGAGGAUUUUAAUGCUAGGACAGAGAGAGAAGGGAGAAGAAUAGGUGAGGAUGAAGAGGGAGGGAUAGAACAGGAAAAAUGGAGAUCGAAGGAUGGAAAGGUGAAUAGAGAGGGAAAGAAACUAUGUGGUUAUAUAGGAGAAUUGGGAUAGUCAAUAUUGAAUAGAAGCGUAAAAGGGGAUGAAGAGGGGGAAUGGACGUAUACAGGAAGGAAGAGAAGAACCGUAAUAGAUUACGUGAUCGGGAAUGAGGAGAACAGAAGGAAAGUGAAAAAGAUGAAGGUGGAGGAUUGGACUGCGACCAUCAGCCGAUAACGGAAUGGGUGGAGGAAAGAAGGCGGAGGGAAGAGAUGACCAGGAAGGGGAGAGGAAGAGGAAGAAGGGGAGUUUGGACGGAGGAGGAAAAAAGAAAUUUGAGGAAUAUUUUGGGAAGAGAAAUAGUGAUGGUGAGGGGGUAGGGGAGGUUUGGAGGAAGAUGAAGAAAAAAGUAGAAGUGGAAUUAGAGAGAAAGUAGAGAAGGAAGAGAAGAAGGAACGGAGAGGACGGUGGAAUGAGAAAUGUAGAGAUAGGAAAAGAGAGGUUAUGGAGGAAUUAAAGAGGUGGAGGAAGAGAGGGGGAGAGGGGAAAAAUAUAAGAUGAAGAGAAAGUGCAGGGAACAUUGUGAGGAAAAAACGAAAAAGAAAGGGGAAAGAUGGGAGAGGAAAAUAGAAGGAAUAAGAUCGGAAAAAGAUGCGUGGAAGAUAGUGAAUAAAGGAAAGAAGAAGAGAAAGAUAGUCAAGAAAGGGAUUGAAAUGGGAGUGGGAAAAACACUUUAGAGGGGUACUGGGUUGAGUAGAGUGGAGGAUAAGAGGGGAGGUAAUGGUGAGAGGGAUAGAGGAGGAAGAAGAAAUUAGUAGAGAGGAAAUUGGUAGGGCAAUAAUAAAAUUAAAGGAGAGAAAAGCCGCAGGAGGGCAUGGGAUUAUGAAUGAAGUAUGGAAAUAUGGGAGAAAAGAAAUAAGGGAAUAGCUUUGGAAGAUAUGCAACAGAGUGUGGAAGGGAGAGGGAUGACCGGAAGAAUGGAGAGAGGAGAUAAUGGUAUCGAUAGUGAAGAGAGGGGAGGGGAAAAAGGUAAAAGAUUAUAGGGGGGUUACGCUUACGCAAACGGCAUAUAAAAUGUACGCGGCGGUUUUGGCAGAGAGAUUGAAGGAAGAAGUGGAGAAUAAAAGGAUAUUACCACCAAGUCAAAUAGGGUUCAGGAGAGGGGUAGGAACGAUAGACCACAUAUACGUCUUAAACUAUUUAGUAAAUAAGAAAAUGGCGGAAACAAAAGGCAAAAUAGUAGUUAUGUUCGUAGAUAUGAAAGCAGCGUUUGACUUGGUGUAUAGGGAGAUACUGGUACAGACAAUGUGGAGGAAAAGAGUGAGAGAAAGUUUAGUGGUGAGGUGUGAGGAAGUUUUGGGUACUGGGUACUCACUAUCUUCCACACAUCUUUUUCCGAGCAUAUUCCUUCUAUUUUCCUCUCCCAUCUUUCCCACUUGGUGGUGAGGUGUGAGGAGACAAUAAAUAGAAUAAGAGUGGGGAAAAGGGAGGGGGGAAACUUUUGGACAGGUAGAGGAGUAAGACAUAGAUGUCCGUUGAGCCCAUGCAUGUUUAUACUACUACUAGCGGAUUUGGAUGAAGAAUUAGAAAAAGAGGGAUAGGGGCAGUAAAAGUGAAAGGAAAAAAAGUCUAUUCCCUGACGUAUGCGGAUGAUGUGGCAGUGGUAGUAGAGGAUGAAGCAGGGAUGAAAGGGUUAAUAAAAACAUUAAAAAGAUAUGUAAAACACAAAAGAUUAGAGGUAAAUGUGGAGAAAACAAAAGUGACGAGGUAUAGAAGAGGGGGAGGGAAACAGAAAAAGAUAAUAUGGAAAUGGAAAGGGAAUAAAAUAGAAGAGGUGAAAAGGUAUAAAUAUCUGGGGUACAUGAUGGUAGCAAAUGGGGAACAAAAAGAGCAUAUAAAAGAAAGUCAAUAAAGGAGCGAUGGUGAUGCAAAAGGUAUGGGAAAUAGGAAAAAGGAAAUUUGGAAAGGACUGGGCUAGAAAAAUGUGGUUAUUUGAUAGGUUGGUGUGGACGGUAGUUAACUAUGGUGCAAAAAUUUGGCGGUGAAAAAAAAGGAAGGGAUGGAGAAGAUACAGGACAGAUAUUUGAAAUAGGUAAUAGGAGUGGGAAGGUACACACUGGGGUACAUGGUAAGGGAGGAGAUGCAAAGGGAAAAAUUAAGGGGAAGGGCAGGAAUGAGGGUAUGGAAUUAUGAAAAGAAAUUAGGAGAAGGAGGAGGAGGAGAGUUACCAAGGUUGUGUUAGGAGGAGAUAAGAAGUAGAGCGAAGGAGAGAAAGGUGAUGUGAAAAUGGGUGGUGGAAAAGAGAGGUUUCUAUGAAGAAAAGAGUUAGAAUAUCAAGAAGAUAGAAAAGUUGAGAGAUGAGGGGGGGUUAAGGGGAGAAGAGGUGGUAGCAAGAGAGAGGAGGCGGCAGGAGAAGGAAAGGUGGGAAAGAAUUAGGUGCUCGUUUAACAAAUGGUAUAACAGAGUGAAGGGUUUAGGAGACGGUAUGAGAGGAGGUUGGUAUUGGGAAGAGAAAGAGGAAAGACAGUGUAGGAUAUGUGGAUGGGGAAAGGAAACGUGGGAACAUAUAUGGGAAGAAUAUACGGAUUGGGGGAUAGAAAAGAGAUGGCAGGAGAUGGUAAAAGAGAUUUUAGGAGAAAAGAAGGAGGGAGAGGUUUGGAUGAAGAGACUGGAGGAAAUGUGGGAGAGAGGAGGUUGACUUGAAAUGAAUGGGAAUAUGGAA